AUGGCAAAAACCAUAUUUGCAUUGUCAGUCUUUCUCGGAUUCUGCUCUUUUGCUACGACUGUGAAUGCCUACGCGGCUUCUGGAUGGACUAAAGCUCAUGCCACCUUUUAUGGUGGCAGUGAUGCCUCGGGAACUAUGGGGGGAGCUUGUGGAUACGGGAAUUUGUAUGCAACUGGCUAUGGAACAAUGACGGCUGCUUUAAGUACUGCCUUGUUCAAUGAUGGAGCUUCAUGUGGACAAUGCUACCACAUCAUGUGUGAUUAUCAAACAGACCCCAGAUGGUGCAUAAAAGGAGCAUCGGUGAUCAUCACUGCCACAAACUUUUGCCCACCAAACUUUGCUCUACCAAACAAUGCGGGAGGCUGGUGCAACCCUCCUCUCCAGCACUUUGAUAUGGCUCAGCCUGCCUGGGAAAAGAUCGGCAUCUACCGUGGCGGAAUCGUGCCUGUUUUGUUCCAGAGGGUUCCAUGCAAUAAGCCCGGUGGAGUAAGGUUCAGUAUCAAUGGGAGAGACUACUUUGAACUUGUUUUAAUUAGCAAUGUGGGUGGAGCAGGAUCAAUCCAAUCUGUGUCCAUCAAGGGCUCUAAAACUGGGUGGAUGGUAAUGUCAAGGAACUGGGGAGCUAACUGGCAAUCCAAUGCCUAUCUAAUUGGUCAAUCAUUGUCUUUCCGAGUCACCACUACCGAUGGAGUUACUCGACAGUUUCUCGACGUCCUGCCAUCAAAUUGGGGGUUUGGCAAGACUUACACCAGCAACCAACAAUUCUAAAGUCACUAAAAUGCUAUGAGAGUUCAGGAUUCGGGGUUCAGUUUUCUGGGCAGAGGCAAGCUUGUUAUUUCCCAACGCUGCCCGCCAUACAUGUCUCGGGAUGAUGGUUCGAAUAGAAGU